AUGCGUAUCGAAAAGUGCUACUUCUGCUCGAAGAGCGUGUAUCCCGGGCACGGGAGUGCUUUUGUAAGAAACGAUGCAAAGGUCUUCCGGUUCUGUACUUCAAAAUGUCAUAAGAACUUCAAAAUGAAGCGCAACCCAAGAAAAGUAAAGUGGACUAAGGCAUUCCGGAAAGCUGCUGGGAAGGAGAUGACCAUCGACUCAACUAUCGAGUUCGAGAAGCGGAGAAAUAUCCCCGUGCGCUACAACCGUGAGCUGGUGCAGACGACUGUGCAGGCCAUGAAACGGAUAGCGGAUAUCAAGAAACGGAGAGAACGUGCCUUCUGGAAAAGCAGGAUGGCCGCCAGCAGGGAGAAGCUGCGGAAGUAUAGGAAGAAGAGGCUGGAAGCAAAAUUACCUGUCAAGCUAGUGGAACCUAUGUCGAUAGAGUCACUAGAGACAGUGAAAGUCCGGGAGAAGAUCAAGGUCUCCAUAAAAGCGAGGAGUGCCCUGAUCCCGGGCGAAGGCCGUUCAAUGGGCAUGGAGAUCGACUGA